AUGCACUGGGUCCGGCAGGCUCCCGGGAAGGGGCUGGAGUGGGUCUCACGCAUUUAUUGGGAUGUAUGGAACCACUAUUAUUACGCAGACUCGGUGAAAGGCCGAUUCACCAUCUCCAGGGACGAUUCCAACAACCGGCUGCAUUUGGACAUGACCGGCCUGAAGCCCGAGGACACCGCCCGGUAUUACUGUGCUCCCGGGCAGGGCCUGGAGUGGGUAUCAGCAAUUAAGGGAGCAGAUGCGCAGUACGGAGAUCCCGUGAAAGGGCGAUUCACCACCGCCACAGACAGCUCCAAGAAGCUGAUUUACCUGCAGAUGAGCAGCCUGAAGCCCGAGGACACCGGCCGGUAUCACUGUGUCAGAGAAACACACAGGGCCUGGUCCCAGGUGCAGCUGGUGGAGUCCGGAGGGGAUGUGAAAAAGCCCGGAGACUCUCUCCGCCUCUCCUGCAAGGGUUCCGGAUACACCUUCAGCAGCCACCGGAUGAGCUGGGUCCGCCAGGCUCCCGGGAAGGGACUGGAGUGGGUCGCCUACAUUUACAGCACCAGCAUAUACUACAGUGACUCGGUCAAAGGGCGAUUCACCGUCUCCAGAGAUGACCCCAACAGCCUGUUGUAUCUGGAAAUGACCGGCCUGAAGCCCGAGGACACCGCCCGGUAUCAUUGUGCAGGAUUCACAGCAUUGCACUGGCCUGCCUCUAAGCUGCAAAUUCCCACCAUCAACCCGAACCCAGAGAAGCCAGCCUCGGGAAAAAUGAGGCUUUGGCUCUAUUUAGUUUUCAUUGUGGCAGCUUUGGAUGGUGCCCGGUCCCAGGUCCAGCUGGUGGAGUCUGGAGGGGAUAUGAAAAAGCCCGGAGACUCUCUCCGCCUCUCCUGCAAAGCCUCCAGGUUCACCUUCAGCAACCACAGCAUGCAUUGGGUCCGACAGGCUGCCGGAAAGGGCCUGGAGUGGGUGGCUCAGGUCAGUAAACCGACUGGAUCGAGCCAAUGGUACUCUCCGGCUGUUCAAGGACGAUUCACCAUUUCCCGGGACAACUCCAUCAACACGGUGUAUCUGCAAAUGACCGACCUGAAGCCUGAGGACACCGCCCGGUAUUACUGUGCGAGACACACAGUGAGGGGAAAUGAAUUUGUACUCAGGCAAAAACCUCCCGCUGUAGAUUGA